AUGGAUCGCCGCAGCUCGUCCCAGCGUCCGGCAUCUCGGAAGCCGCUGGGCGAUGCAGCACAGCGCCUGAAUUAUACCGCAGCGUCACGCGCUAACCGCCGCCAGCACCGGGCUGGAGACGUCGAAAACCACAUCCUGGUCGAGCCUAAGAGCAGGCAGCAUGGCAGUUCCAACCCUACCAUUACUGUCAACAAUCCGGCAGCGGAGGAUUAUAGCCAGCGCGAUCCGGCCCGGGCCCCGGCGUCAGCAGUGCCGGCUGUGCCGGUUCCUGUCGAUUCGCGUUUGAUUCCCGCUCCUCAAGACACCCGGGGAGAACCAGAUACUCGGCGCGUCUCGCAAUUUUCCAACGUCUCGUCUACCGCGUCCAGCACACGCCAACUCAAGACACACAUCGGCCCAUGGCAGCUCGGGAAGACGCUGGGUAAGGGAUCGUCGGCUCGUGUCCGCCUGGCCCGGCAUCGCGUUUCCCACCAGCUGGUUGCCAUCAAGAUUGUAGCCAAAAGCACUGCCUACAUGACCCAGGCUGGCAGCCUAGCGAAUCUAGACAACAUCGACUACAAGAACCUGAACACUGUAGCCGAUGGGGGUCUCCGCAGGAUGCCUCUGGCGAUUGAGCGGGAGGUAGCCAUUCUCAAGCUCAUUCGUCACCCAAACAUCAUUGAACUCCUGGACAUUUGGGAGAACCGAUCCGAGAUCUACAUGGUCACCGAGUAUGUCGAGAAAGGAGACCUGUUCGAGUUCAUCAACUGGCACGGCCCGCUCCAGGAAGAGGAAGCUAUCUUUUACUUUCGUCAGAUUAUGACUGCCCUCGACUACUGCCACUCGUUCAACAUUUGCCAUCGGGACCUCAAGCCCGAGAACAUCCUGCUCAAAGCGAAUGGGCAGAUCAAGAUCGCCGAUUUUGGCAUGGCAGCGUUGCAGCAGGAUUCCACUCACCAGCUCCGAACUGCUUGUGGGAGUCCUCACUAUGCUGCCCCAGAGUUGCUCCGUCAUCAAGUGUACAAGGGUUCUGCCGUGGAUAUCUGGAGCAUGGGCGUGAUCCUGUUUGCCAUGCUGGCAGGCUGUCUUCCGUUUGACGAACCGAACAUGGAAGCCAUGUUAGCCAAGGCCAAGAAGGCGGACUACAAGAUGCCCCCACAGCUUACUAGAGAGGCGAAAGAUCUCAUCAAACGGAUUUUGGUGGCGCAGCCCACUCAUCGUAUCGUCAUGAAGCAAAUGUGGCGACAUGCUCUCAUCAGGAAAUACGACUAUCUUGAGCAGUACCAGGCCUGGGAAGGCAUGUCCGAGACCGUGUUAAGCGACAUCCGCAGCGACCGCAUCCCGGACGAGAUAGACAUCCAGAUCCUCCGCCAGCUGAAAGCUCUUUGGCACAUGUACUCGGAAUCCGCCCUGGAAGAGAAGCUCCGGCAGGAGAAGCCGAACGAUCAGAAACUCUUUUACUGGCUUCUGUACAGCCACCGCGAGGCCCAGCUAGAGAACUAUAACAACAACGUGCCAAUCUCCAAGAGCGACUUUCAUCACCUCAAACCACCCAACUGGGCUAAACGGGUUUCCACUUGUCAAUUCACGAAGCCCGGCAAGAAUGGCCAUACUCGGACCAUUUCUCGUUUCACAGUAAUCUCUAAUGUCCCGGACGUGGACGAAGCCGGUACCAUCCGGAGCUACGAUCCGUACAAUGCAUCUCGUGUACCUUGCGGUCCACAAGCGAGCCAUGCCAAAAUUGUCAUCCACCGCAGCUCGCCGAACCCGAGUGUGGGCCAGUCCCCAACCAGCGUCUCACACUCGUACCGCUCGUACCGCUCGGGGUACAGUUCCCUUCGCCAGCGGGGCGGCCCAGGCUCACGACGUACUGGCACCACUGGCCAGUUGAGCUCGUCAUUGGCCACCAUGAGUUCUAUUCGCAGCUACCAGAGCAACCCCCGUGUCCGGGCCAAUAAUCGUUCCAAGCGUUCCGUGGACUUUUCGAGCAUCCGGAGUCGGAGCUACCGCCACCGCAAUGGUCAUAGCCGUCGUGCCUCGGUUGCGUCUCCGGCUAGCCUCGCAGGAGAUGCCUCCCAGAUCGACCGUGCUACUUUAUCGUCUCGUGGCCCGGUGAAUGAGCCGCCUACAUAUAAAGUUACGACCACUCGAUCGAUGAUCGACAUCGGCGACACAACGAGUGAUACCUUCUUCUGGACUGAGGAGCUCGAGCAGCUCGGCCACCGCAUCGCCCGUGAUUGUGAUGAGGCUUUCCGCAGCUCACUUCUCUUGCCGGAACCUGAUGAAGUUGGAGGUCGUUCCCGUGAGACCAGUCCCCUCGCUUUGUCCCUGGGAACCCUCCCUGUUGUUCAGGAAUGCCCGACUCCUGGACUAGGAGCUGCCCCUCGUCCGUGGGAUAACAGGCCGUUGCCGCCCGUCCCAUCGCGGGAUACCGUCUCGCCUUUGUCGAUUCGCAAGGCCGUGCCUGGGCAAGCUGAGCCUACUUCAUCGUCGGCGCGAUCACUCCAGGUUCAGUCCAACAGCUCCAAUAGAAGCAUUAUAGGUCCGGACCGCCGAAUUGUUUCCGAGCCGACGUAUGACCGCCCAAGGGGCGAUGCGAGACAACUGCCUUCAAUUUCUGAGAACACGCCGGGCGACCGCCAGAAGCGCUGCGAAACGAGACGAGGCUUCGUUCCUGAACCCUUGAACACCCCUGUGCGUGUUGAGCAUCAAGCUUUGGACUAUUUGGCGCGGGCUGAGAACACGAUCCGAGUGGUCAACUCUCCUUCCGCACUGGGAGCUCAUUACUAUCCGGUGCAAGUUCCCGAACCUCUAAACGUUCGCAAAGCAUCCAAAAACAACAACGGUGCUCAGGCCACAGCUGGCUCCUCUGCCCAGAACCAGGAAGGACGGGUGAACUCUGGUUCUCAAUAUCAGCAACCGGACACCAUCGCCAAUGGUCACGAUGUCAAUACUGUAGCCCCUCAGAAGAGGGUCUCGUCUUGGUUCCGACGUUCCUCCAAGGAACAUGCUAAUGUCCCCAUUUCUACCGCUGCAGCCGGUACCGAUGACCAUGGCAACGCAUAUCAUGACAGACGCGUGCCGUCGGAUGGCGGCAGCAGUCUCAAGCGACCCAACUCGAGGUCUACCGACGACGUGUCAGGCCGACAUCCGCAAAAGAAGAAGUCCUUUGGGUUUGGUUUCUGGAAGGGCAGCAAAGAGGAGGCCAAGAUGUCACUUGCAGACUCCGAUCCCGAUGACAUGCGCCGAAACGAGAGGACCAAGAAGAAGAACAGGAUGAGCAAGGAAUCUCGGAUGAUGAGCAGCAUCUGGUCUGAGAGCGACGGCAGCAUCCGCAAGAUCGAGGUCCAGCAGAACUGGUUGGCUCGUCUCUUCCACAUCAAGCCUGCCAUCCGCUAUCUUUGUUUUAAUAUUUUCAAGAGACGCGCCCGGCAGGAGGUCGCUAUCUUACUCCGAGAGUGGCAUCUCAAUCUCAAGGAGGUGGCCUUUGCCGUUGAGUUGAUGACAGUCAUUGAGCACGGAAAGCGGAACCACCUUAGUAUUGCGCGCUUUACGCAGGAGAAGGGCGCAGCGAGCAGCUUCCACAGGGUGGUGGACGCGAUCAACUCCUCGUUCGGCGCUCGCUCCCUGCUCGUCACUGACAAGCGGAAGGUCAAUAUGAUGAUCAAGACGCUGAAUUCUUGA